AGGUUUAAAGAAAGGUUAGGGGAGGUGGAGAGGGGAGGGGGGGAAUUGAGGAGGAUUUGGAGGCGGUGGGGAGCAAAGUGAGGGAGGCGCUGAGGGAGGUGGAGGAGACGGUGAGAGAGAAGGAAAGAGAGAGAAAGGAGGGGUGGUGGGACGAGGAAUGCAGGACUGCGAAGAGAGAGGUCAGAAGAGAGUUGAGAGACUGGAGAAGGAGAGGAGGAGGUGGGGAGGAAUAUAGGGGUAAGAAGAAAGUGUACAAAGAACUAUGUGAGAGGAAGAAGGCAGAGGAAAAUAGGAGAUGGGAAAGGGUGGUGGAGGAAGCGAAAAGGGAAGGGCAAGUCUGGGAAGUGGUGAGGAGAGAAAGGAGGAGGAGGAAGCAGGUGAGCAAGGAUAUAGAGAUGGCAGAAUGGGAGGAGUAUUUCAGGGAGUUAUUGGGAGGGGUGGAAGGAAGGGUGGUGUUGGGAAGGGGGGGAGGGAUCAGGUCGGAAGGGGAAGAAGACAUAGGAAGGGAGGAAAUAGUGAGAGUGAUUGGAAAACUGAAGGAUGGGAAGGCGGUGGGAAUGGACAGGAUACCCAAUGAGGUAUGGAGGUACGGGGGGGAGAGGGUAAUAGACUGGGUAUGGGGGACGUGCAAUAGGGUGUGGAGGGGGGAGGGGUGGCCGGAGGUGUGGAAAGAAGGGGUAAUAGUCCCUAUAGUUAAGAGGGGGGAAGGGGAAAGGGUAAAUGAGUAUAGAGGGGUGACACUAAUGCCGACGUUAUAUAAGAUAUACGCGGCGGUAUUAGCGGGGAGGUUGGAAGUGGAAACAGAAGAGGGGGAGAUGCUUCAGAAGGGGCAGGUAGGGUUUAGGAAGGGAAAAGGGACUGUGGACAAUAUAUAUGUCCUGAACUUUCUCAUAAACAGGCAACUGGGGAAAAAGGAUAGGAUAGGUUAGUGGCUCUGUUCGUGGACCUGAAGGCGGCAUUCGACUCCGUAAACAGGGAAACGGUCAUAGGGGCAAUGAAGGGGAGAGAAGUGAGGACGGGACUGGUGGAGAGAGUGGAGGAGUUACUAAGGGAAACAAGGUGUAGGGUGAGGGUGGGGGACGAAGAAGGGGGAAGUUUUUGGACAGCGAGGGGGGUGAGGCAGGGUUGUCCACUCAGUCCUAUGCUGUUCAACCUAGUGCUGGCGGACCUGGAGGAAGAGAUGGGGAAGGUGAGAUGGGGAGGGGUAGUAUUGGGAGAAGAGAGGAUAUACUCCUUAUCGUACGCGGACGAUAUCGUCCUGUUGGCGGAGGAGGAAGGAGAAAUGAGGAGUAUGAUAGAGAGGUUAGAGUGCUAUAUGGACAGGAAGGGGCUGGAGGUGAACGCGGGAAAAACGAAGGUGAUGAGAUUUAGGAAAGGGGGAGGGAGAUGGAAGAGAGUGAGAUGGAAAUGGAAGGGAAGGGGGCUAGAGGAAGUGAAGGAGUUUGAUUAUCUGGGAUACAGGUUCCAGACGAACGGGGGGCAGGAAGCACAUUUAAGAGAAAGGAUAAGAAAGGCAGCAAGCGCGAUGGGACAGGUAUGGGGGAUUGGGAAGAGAAGAUUUGGUAAAGAUUGGGGCAGGAGGGUAUGGUUGUUUGAUAGGUUGGUAUGGACAGUGAUGGGUUAUGGAGCAGAGGUGUGGGGGUGGAAAGAGAGGGAAGGAAUAGAGAGGGUGCACGAGAGAUUCUUGAGAUGGGUGUUAGGGGUGGAGGGGAGGACGCCGGGUUAUUUGGUGAGAGAGGAGCUACAGAGGGAGAUGAUGAGGAGCAGGGCAGCGAGGAUUGCGUGGGGCUUUGAGAAAAGGUUAGAGGAAGGGAGGGGUGGGGACUUGGCAAGGAGGUGCUUGAUGGAGAUAAGAGGGAGAGCAGAAAAGCAGAGGGUUUGGUCAAAAUGGGAAGAGGAGAGAAGAGAGUUCUUUCAGGAAAGAGGAGUGGGGGCGGGAAGAGCGGGAGGUUGGGAGGAGGAGGGGGAAGGGGUGUGGGAGGAAGUCGAGAGGAAGGAGAGAGAGAUGCAGGAGAGGGAGAGGUGGGAGAGAAUAAGAAGCUCCAGGUACAAUAGGUGGUAUGGGGAGGUAAAGGGCAAAGGCCUGCCGGAAUACCUGAAGAAGGGCUGGGGAGAGAGUAGAUGGAGGAGGGUAGCGAGGUUCAGAUUAGGGAACGAGAUAAGAGAAAGGAUGUAUUGGGGAGGGGAGGAGGAGAAGGGAUGCAGGCUGUGUGGAGGAGGGAUAGAAUCAUGGGAGCAUGUGUGGGAGGAAUGCAGAAGCUGGAGGGAGAGGGGAGGGGAGAGUUGGCAAGAGGUAUUUAGUUGGAUUCUGGGGGAGAAGGGAGAGGGAGAGAAUUGGAUGAGAGAGUUGGAGAGGGAGAGGGGUGGGGCGGGAGGGAGGGAAGAGGGGUCGGACAGGGGAUAUGGGGAGGGGGGAGAGGAACGAGAGGGAGCGAAGGAGGGGGAGGGAUGAGAGGGAGUGUGUAGGGGGCGGAAGUAUGGAUGUGUGUAAGGGAUGAAAGUGGGAAUGAAUGGGAAGCCUGAGAAUGCUGUUAUAGAAUGUAAAAAGAAAGGAAGGCAAGAUGGCACAGUUGGCUUGCGACGGAAGCGGAGGUCCUGGGCGUGUGUGUGUGUGUGGCGGGCGCUUUAGGUUUAAGAUAGGUUAAGAUAGUCUUAAGGUAGCGUUUAAGCUCAGGUUAAGGGUUGUAUCGCAUUUGAAAGAUUGUAGCCCUAAGGGGAUCAAUAAAUAUAUAUUAUUACAAAGAAUUUUUCGGCAGUCAAUGAGAUUUUUCGAUAGAUGGUACGAGUUCGACAAAAAAAGGGUACGAAUUGAGCGAACUGAAAGAGAAUCAUGAAGAAAGUAGAAAACUGCACUUGCAAUCUCCGUCUCGUCCAUUUGUUAUUAUCGACAUAUAAGGGUCGUGCUUGUUGAAAACCUGCAGCAUUUAAACUGUCGAAAAUUAUCGCCCAUCUUAGAUUCUUAAAAUUAUACAGUUUUGGUGCCAUAUAACUACUGUUUUUUGAAAGUUUGAUUAUUGAGAGAAUGACAUUCAAAUAUCUUUAUUUAAUAGAAUGUUCCACUAGAAAAUGAACAUUUAUUGUAAGACAAUAAAUUGCCACAGAAACACAAUCCUAUUUUAAACAAAACGGUAACUGCUACUUUGAGUUUAAGAUACCACACAAGAUAUUAAUAAUGCAUCUAUAUGCAACGCAGAAACAAUGCUGGACAAAUUGCUGUGAUAUACAGGACUAGUGAUAAUCCAAAACAAAAAGAUGAUUUUGCUUCAACUGAUACGCAAAAUAAAUAUUCUAAAAAAGAUGCUAUUGCUCCAAGCUACUGUGAUGUUGAGAUACCAGUGAUUUCUAUUGAUCAGAAUGGAAACUCCUUUUCGACUAAUGUACAAGACAAAUACUGUGAUAUACAGAUAACUAGUGAUAAUCCAAAAAAAAAAAAAAA